AUCGGCCGCUGAAUCUGUAGUCGAGAUCUUGAAAGAAACAGAUACACCAGUCACAGUAAAGAAAGCCAGUAUAUGUGAACUAUUGGAUCAAUCUAUAGAUGACAUAACCAUGAAGGAUUUAUUAAAUUAUGCCAGUAAGAUACGAGAUGGAGAUGAUAAUGAAGACAUAAAUGGACGUGAAGAAUCCGAUAAUAUCAUAGCUGUUGAGCUUGAGGAUGAGGAAGAAGAUGAUGCCGCAGCCUUAUUGGCAGAAGAUGAUAAUAAUGAAGAAGAAGAAGAAGAAGAAGACAAUGAAAGUGACAGUGAAGCAGUCCAACCAGAUAUACAGUCAAGUACAGUAACAUUAACCACAGGAGAAACUGCCAAAAGAGGAACCAAACGGAAACUACCAGACACAAAUGAUCAUGAACUGCUCCGUAGACCCACCCUCAUAGAUCUAGAAUCAUUCACAUUAACUCAGACUAAUCAAUUACUAUCAACCACUAAGAUUAAAUUACCAGCUGGAUCAUCCCAACAAGCAAAGAAACUGUAUGAUAUAAUCAGUAUACCUGCGCCUACUCCUCCUCCUAAUCCAGAAGAUGAUGAAAUAGUUUCAAUCUCAUCCCUUCCAGAAUGGGCUAGACAAGUCUUCCCCAGUACUGAAACCUCGAAUUUAAAUAGAAUUCAAUCGAAAGUGUAUCCGCAAGUAUUCAAUUCCGAUGGUAAUAUCUUAUUAUGUGCCCCUACUGGAGCCGGUAAAACCAAUGUGGCGAUGUUAUCAAUCUUACGAGCCAUAUCAAAUCAUCGAAAUCCUCAAUCGGGUAAAAUCAAUUUAAAGGAUUUCAAAGUGGUAUAUAUAGCCCCAUUAAAGGCAUUAGUUCAAGAACAAAUGAGAGAAUUCCUGAGACGAUUAACUCCUGUUUUUGGAGUAGUAGUAAAUGAAUUAACAGGAGAUUCGAAUUUAAGUAGAAAACAACUUGAAGAAACUCAAAUUAUAGUUACCACUCCCGAGAAAUGGGAUAUUGUUACGAGGAAAUCAUCUCAAUAUGAUACGAUUAAGAAAACCAAAUUGGUGAUAAUUGAUGAAAUUCAUUUAUUACAUGAUGAUAGAGGUCCAGUAUUAGAAAGUAUUGUUAGUAGAAUCUUAAGAAAUAAUCAAUUAGAAACAAGAUUAAUUGGAUUAUCGGCUACUUUACCAAAUUAUAAGGAUGUAGCCCAAUUCUUACGAGUGGAUUCAACCAAGAAUUUAUUCUAUUUUGAUGCUUCUUAUAGACCAUGUCCAUUAGAACAAAAAUUCAUAGCUAUCAAGGAAAAGAAAGCCAUUAAACGAUUAAGUGCUAUGAAUGAAGCAUGUCAAGAACAAAUUGAGAAAUGUCUAACGAACAAUCAUCAAGUAAUCAUCUUUGUUCAUUCGCGAAAGGAGACAUUUAAAACAGCUAAAUGGCUUCAAGAAAGACUUGAAUCAAUUAAUAAAAGUAUAGGAUCAAUUGAGAUAUUAAAGCAAGAAGCGGAGAACUUUACUGAUAAGAAUCUUCAACAAGUAGUACCGUUUGGCUUUGGAAUUCAUCAUGCUGGACUUCAACGAGAAGAAAGAAGUGUAGUGGAAGAUCUAUUUGCUCAGGGACAUCUAAAAGUUCUUGUAUCAACGGCUACUUUAGCUUGGGGAGUUAAUCUUCCUGCUCAUACAGUAAUCAUUAAAGGUACAGAAACAUAUUCUCCAGAAAAGGGGUCUUGGACUCAAUUAUCACCCCAAGAUAUACUACAAAUGCUUGGACGGGCUGGUAGACCUCGAUAUGAUAAAAGUGGAGAAGGGAUAAUCAUUACUACACAAGAUGAAGUUCAAUAUUAUUUGGCGAUAUUGAAUCAACAAUUACCCAUUGAAUCGCAAUUAUUAACUCGAUUGGCUGAUAGUAUAAAUGCCGAGAUUGUUUUAGGAACUAUUCAGAAUCGAGAUACAGCUGUCCAAUGGUUGGGAUAUACGUAUCUCUACAUUCGGAUGUUGCAAUCGCCGGGUCUUUAUCUUGUAGGAGCCAAUGCUGAUGGGGAUGAUGAUGAUGAUUCACUCUUUUGGAAACGUCAUGAUCUUGCCCAUUCAGCAUUGACUGUAUUACAUGAAAAUCGAUUGAUUCAAUAUGAUUCUGAUUCUGAAUCUGGUAAUGUGACCCCUACUGAAUUAGGAAAGAUUGCCUCCCAUUUCUAUAUUAAUUAUAAGACUAUGAAUAUGUAUAAUACUCAGUUAAAACCAUGGUUAUCCGAAAUAGAAUUAUUAAAGAUCUUCUCCAAAUCAGGAGAAUUCGAAUAUGUGGCAACUCGACAAGAAGAAAGACUUGAAAUAUCUAAAUUAUUAGAUAAAUGUCCUAUUCCAGUUCGAGAGAAACCCAAUGAAACUGGAGCAAAAAUCAAUUUAUUAUUACAGGCUUAUAUAUCUCGAUUAGGUCUUGAAGGUUAUGCAUUAAUGGCUGAUAUGGUCUAUAUUGUUCAAUCGGCUGGUCGACUUAUGAGAGCCAUGCAUGAAAUAGCCUUACAAAAGAAUUGGUCUUCAUUAAGUAAAUUAACAUUAAACUUGUGUAAAAUGAUAGAAAAGAGAAUGUGGUUAUCGAGUUCUCCAUUCCGACAAUUUGGACCUUUAGCCUCUAAGGAAAUAAUUAGAGCUACAGAGAAUUCCCAUUUCCCCUGGAUUCAUUAUUUCAAUCUUGAUGCUCAUGAAUUGGCCGAAGCAUUAAAUUUGAAAUCCAAUGCUGGACGAGUCUAUGAACUAUUGAAACAAUUUCCUAAACUUGAUCUUAGUUAUUAUAUUCAAACCAUAACGUCGAGUUUAAUUCGAGUACAAGUUCAAAUUGUAGCUGAUUGGAAUUGGAUACGAGAUCGUCUGAUAGAACCAUUCUUAGUAUUGGUAGAAGAUAGUAAUGGGGAAAGAAUUCUUUAUACUGAUAAGUUGAUAGUCAAUAGAAAUCAUUCGACUAAUACGUACUUACUUGAUUUUACUUUACCCAUCUUACAACCAUUCCAACCGGUCUAUAUCUUAAAUUUCAUUAGUGAAUCAUGGUUACAUAGUGAAUGGAAAAUCCCCUUAAACUUGUCAGGAUUAACUGUUCCUAAACUAUUCCCAGCUCCCACUCCAUUAUUAGAAAUGGCUAAUGUACCAGUAUCUCAAUUACAUGAUUCAGAUCUUGAAGGAAUGUUUAACUUUAGUUAUUUCAAUAAGUUUCAAUCCCAAGUGUUUGAACAAUUGUAUGGAACAGAUGAAUCAUUAUUCAUUGGUACUACCAAGGGAUCAGGUAAAACUGUAUGUGCAGAACUUGGUAUACUUAGACAUUGGAAACAAGGUGAAGCAUCGAGAAUUGUUUAUAUUAAUAGUAGUCAAUCUAAACUUAAUCAACUCUAUAAAGGGUGGACUAAGAAGUUUUCUACCAUUGAAAAAGUGGUUGGUAAACUUAGUGGAGUCUUAUAUAAAGAUCUUCAAGUAUUAGGAUCAAGUAAUUUAAUCUUGGCUACUCCCGAACAAUUCUACUAUAUAUCUAAGAGAUGGAUGAAUAGACGAGCUAUUCAAGAUAUACAAUUAUUAAUUUGUGAUGAUAUUCAAGAAUUAGGGAAUGGAUUAACGGGAGCUAUCUAUGAAGCAUGUAUUGGUAGAAUGAAGUUUAUGUCGGGUCAAUUAGAUAAAUCUUUAAGAAUUGUUAGUCUUUCUACUCCCUUGGCUAAUGGUAGAGAUUUAGCUGAAUGGAUAGGAUGUUCCAAGAGUAAUGUAUUUAAUUUUGAUUGUCGUGAACGAUUCUAUCCCAUUCGACAAAUUCAAUUACAUGAAUUCACUGAUCUUAGUGCUGUUUAUCAAGUCGUUAAACCAGUAAUUAAUUAUAAACAGAACUGUCUAAUCUUUACUUCCACUCGAUUCCUGGCUCUAGGAAUUGCUUCUGAAUUAGUUGAUCGAUUUACCCUUGAAACCACUGAUGAAUUAUCAUUAUAUCUUGAACGAAUUCAUGAUGAAAUGAUUCGCCAUUUAUUACCUUAUGGAAUUGGAUUAUUUUAUAAAGGGAUGCAUCCAACUGAUGAAUUGAUUGUUCAAAGUUUAUUUGAUAAUAAUCAUAUAAAUAUCUUAAUAGCUACUAAGGAUUCUGCCUCUGUAACACCUUCAUGUGGUAAAGUUAUUAUAGCAGGUACUCAAGAAUAUGAUGGAAAAGAUGAUCGAUAUAUUGAUUAUUCUAUUAAUACUAUACUUGAAAUGGUUGGUUGUUGUUGUGAUAAAUUAAGUGAUAAUAGUUCAGUUAGUAUGUUUACUAAUCAAAGUAAGAUUCAAUUCUAUAGUAAAUUCUUAAAGGAAGCCUUACCUAUUGAAAGUUACUUAAAUUUAUCAUUACAUGAAUUCUUUAUUGAUGAGAUAUCUUCGGGAGUUAAUACUAAUAAACAAGAAUGUGUGGAUUGGUUUACUUAUACUUAUUUCUAUAGAAGAUUACAAGUAAAUCCCAGUUAUUAUGAUGUUAAAGAUGUAACCCAUCUUGGAAUUUCUGAACAUCUUUCUGAAUUAGUCGAAACUACAUUACAAGAAUUAAUUACUGAAGGAUUAAUUGAAGAAGAUGAAGAAGAUGAAGAUACUUUAGUACCAUUAAAUGGAUGUAUGAUUGCAGCACAUUAUGGAGUUAGAUUUAAUACUAUGAAAUUAUUAAGUCAAUUAGGAGCUCGAGCUAAAUUAAAGACAAUUCUAGAAACUCUUAGUGGAGCAGAAGAAUUUGAUAAUUUAGUGAUUAGACAUAAUGAACAAUCAGUAUUAUCUCGGAUUUAUCAGCAAGUCCCAUUUAAAGCCAAUGAAGAAAACUUUUCAUCACCAUAUUUCAAAGCAUUCAUACUUAUUCAAGCGCAUCUUAAACGGAUACCAUUAUCAAUUGAAUUACAAACAGAUCAACAAUAUGUAGUUGAAACUAUCUUAAAAUUAGUUCAUGCAUGUGUAGAUACAUUAUCAGGAGAUGGAUAUUUGAAUGCUCUUAAUGCUAUGACACUUUCCCAAAUGAUUAUUCAAGCCGUAUGGACUAAAGAUAGUCCAUUAAAGCAAAUCCCUCAAUUCUCCGAUGCUAUUCUACAACGAUGUGAAAAGUAUAAUGUUGAGACAGUUUAUGAUUUAAUGACACUUGAAGAUGAAGAUAGAGAUGAUAUACUUCAAUUAAGUGGUAAACCAUUAAAUGAUGUGGCGGAAUUUGUCAAUAAGUAUCCGAAUAUUGAUAUCUCGUAUGAAUUAGAUUUAUCCGAUCCUAUUCAAGCCAAUACUCCAAAGGAAUUAAUGAUUCAAUUAGAAAGAGAUGAAGAUAUGGAUGACUUGACGGUAGUGUCUCCUCAUUAUCCUCAAGAAACAAGAGAAGGUUGGUGGAUAGUUGUGGGAGAUGUAGAGACUAAACAGCUAUAUAGUAUUAAGAAAGCCACUAUAAAGUCACAAAGUCAAAAUCUUACACUCACAUUCACCAUUCCUAAUCCGGGCCAUCAUACAUUAUCCAUCUGGUGUAUGUGUGACUCGUAUGUGGAUGCCGAUAAGGAAAUCUCUAUAGAAGUAGACGUAGUUUAGCGCUUAUAAGUAAGAAUAAAUUUUUCGCAGUCAGUGAG